AUGGCAGCCACCACAGUACAGACCCAGUUUGCUUUCCGGUCACAGAAGACUAUCGGCUUGACUGAAGCAUAUCCCGAAUAUUCGCCGCAGCCUGGAUUUAAUAAACCAGAGACCAACAACAGAUGCUGUGUAUACAGUCCAAAUGGCAAAUAUUUCGCCUGGGCAUGCAAUGAAGAUGUUAAAAUAUCCAACCCGGAUACCGGGGAGGUGAUCAGCACUCUUCCAGCUCAGAAUGUACAUGAAAUUGGGUUCUCUCCUCACGGAAGUUAUAUUAUUACAUGGGAAAGGCCUACCAAACAGGAAGAUGGUAACGCAACAAAGAACCUUAAAGUCUGGAAAACAGCAACUGCAGAGCAUGUUAUAGCUUUCGUCCAGAAGUCUCAGUCAGGAUGGAACCUUCAGUACACUCAUGAUGAGAAGUACUGCGCAAGGGUCGUCACCAAUGAGGUCCAAUUUUUCGAGGCCAAUAACAUGGCCACUGUUUGGGGCCAUCUUCGCGUCGAGGGGGUCAUGGACUUUGCGCUGAGUCCUGGGAAGAACUAUUCUGUCGCUGUUUUUAUCCCGGAACGAAAGGGAAACCCAGCUCAGGUUAGAGUUUAUGAGGUUCCUCAAUGGAAUGCUAUUUUGUGCCAAAAGAGCUUUUUCAAGGCGGACAGGAUUCAACUGAAGUGGAAUGCGACGGGAACCAGCGUUCUUAUUUUUGCGCAGACUGACGCAGAUAAGACUGGGAAAAGUUACUAUGGGGAGACUAACCUUUACCUGAUUACCGUGGCUGGUAAUUACGACUGCCGCGUUUCUCUUGAUAAAGAAGGGCCUAUCCAUGAUGUCGCUUGGUCGGCUGAUUCCAAGGAAUUUGGUGUGGUUUAUGGAUUCAUGCCUGCUAAGACGACUAUUUUCGAUCUUCGCGCCAAGGCCGUCCAUCAGCUUGCCCCGGGACCAAGAAACACUAUCCUCUUUUCCCCCCACGCCAGGUUUGUUCUUGUUGCCGGUUUCGGGAAUUUGAACGGAUCGAUGGAUAUCUACGACAGGCAAGCUGGAAUGAGGAAGAUCUGCACGAUCGAGGCCUCUAACGCUAGUGUUUGCGAAUGGAGUCCGGAUGGAAGGCACAUCCUAACUGCCACUACUAGCCCGAGGUUGAGGGUUGAUAAUGGUGUCAAGAUUUGGCAUUAUACUGGAGAACUGAUGUACUCCAGUGAAAUCGAUGAGCUUUACAACGUCUUUUGGCGUCCCCAGGCCGCUUCUGCUCACCCGCUGCCUAACCCACUCCCAGCUGCUCCGGCUCCGCACCCAUCAGCAGCCGCGCACGUUGCUACUACCGCUCCAAAGAAGCCAACUGGUGCUUAUCGCCCACCGCAUGCCCGUAAUACGGCAACCCCACUCCACUUCAAACGUGAAGAUGAGGGCGGCGCGGCGCAUAUCUAUGCCAAUGGCGGCGGCUCCGGACCCGCUAACGGUUUUGGAAGAGGGAAGAGGCGGGAAGUCCCGGGCGCUGCGCCAGCUGAGAAGUUUGUUCCUGGAGCAGCUCCAGGUGGUGGCGUGUCAUUGGCCGGAACUGGCACUGGCGCUGAUGAGGAUAACCUUAGCAAGACUGCACUGAAAAACAAGAAGAAGCGGGAGGCUGCUAAAAAGGCGAAGCUCGAGCAACAACAGCAGCAAGGCGCCCCUGGGGUUCCCGGAGCCCCUUCUGGCCCCGCGAACGGUAACAACAACGAGCGCCAAGGUCGUGAUGGGCGCGAGCACCAGACCCGCAGGGACAACCGCAGCCCCCACCCCCGGAGCAAGAGUCGCAACAACAGGGACCGGGAUCAAGACGGGCUCAAGAGGACUAAGAGCAAGAGCGAUCGCAACACGCACUCGCAGCACCCGUCGAGAUCCGGAGCCGAGACAUUGGCUCCGCCGCAAGUAGUGGAGAUUCCACCUAAGAAGGCCUGA